UCCAUCAGGAGACGUUUGGUAAGAGUGGCUGUCGUCGUAUAGUUCCCGGACAGUUCUUGGCCACUGACCCCAAAGGCAGAGCUGUUAUGAUAAGCGCCGUUGAGAAGCAAAAGUUGGUUUACAUCUUGAAUAGAGAUGCGAGCGCUCGGCUCACCAUAUCUUCGCCAUUAGAGGCCCACAAAUCCAAUACAUUUGUGUUCCAUACGGUCGGC